AGGGAGAGAGCGAGAGGAGAGCAGAGAGAGACGACAGAACCGCAGAGAGAGAGAGGAGUGCUCAUGGUGAGGCAAGAGGAGCAGUAGUAGGAGCAGUAGGAUCCAUUAGGGAACAGGAACACACACCACAUCUCCAUCGCCAUCGCCAUUGCAUUGCAUUUCAUCCAAGGCUGCAUCAUCUUUACUAGUCAGAUGUCCUCUUAGCGUCGUCCCCUGUUCCUUGGUUUCUUUCAAGUAUCUUCUUUUUUUGGCUUCUUUUCUUGGAGCAAUGGAGGUGUUGGGGCUUUCCUCUUGCCGCUCGCUAGGUUCCGCCGCCGUGCGGGCUCUGCAGAGGGUGAGCCGCCCCGGCAUGCUCUCCAUUGUCCAGUCUUUCUAGAUGUUUUAGGCCAUUUCUUCCUAUAUAUUUUUUCAUUCUUUUGUAAACCCUAUUCUUUCCUGCAUAUACAGCAUAACAUACACAUAGCCACCUCAUAGACAUUAAAUUCUUUUUUCCUCUUUUUUUUACCCAAAGGGAACUGACCAAAUUAUUUCCAAGAAACAAGAUCCUCUGUUUUUAUCUCCUCUUUCUUUUGUAAAUCGAUUCCUAUACAGUUCACCUCACAAAGAUCUCGAGCGGUAGCCAGAUAGCAGAGAGAAACAGAGUUUGAGGGUGAGAGGGAGAGGGAGAGAAAACAGAGUGAGGAGUGAAUCAACAGAGAGGAGGAAGACGAAGAUGAAGGCACAGAGUAGGAGGUCUCUUCUACACUCGUCGCAUUCUCCGGGAUGUUGGCUGGUUGCUCCUUCUCGUCUUCGAGGCAUCAGAUGAGCACAGCGCAGCGCUUCGACGUCCUCCCCUGCGGCUUCUCCAAACGGGGCAACCGUGGCGACGGCAGCGCCGCCCCGCGCGUGGCUGGCGACGCCAGGAGCGGCGGCCCCACCUGUUCCUUCCGUGCUCACCCAGCGCCGCCGGUAACCCAGGCGGUGUCCUGGGGCGCCAAUCCGGAGCCCGGCGGCAAUGGCACCGGUGUCUGGGAGAGGAGCAGAGCUGUUAAGCGGGCCCACGAGGAGGACGCCGUUGAGGAGUAUGGCGGCCCCAUUGUUCGCGCCAAGCGGACGAGAAUGGGCGGCGGAGAUGAGGUAUGGUUCCAUCAAUCCAUUGCAGGGACAGUGCAAGCAGCUGGGACAGGUGAAGGAGAAGAAGCUGAGGAAGAGAAGGUCUUCUUGGUGCCGAGCGCCGCGGCGUUCCCCCACGGCAUGGCGGCCGCGGGGCCAUCGCUGGCCUCGGCCAAGAAGGAGGAGUUCAGCAAGUCGCCGUCCAACUCGCCAUCCUCAUCGGGCGGCACGGACGGCGGCUCUUCGGCGGUGCCGCCGCCCGAGGUCCACGCACGAGAGGCGAUGGAGCUCGUGGGUGCGCUCACCGCGUGCGCCGACUCCCUCGUCGCCUGCAACCAAGACGCUGCGAACUGCUACCUGGCGCAUCUCGGUGAGAUGGCCUCGCCGGCGGGGCCCACGCCGAUGCACCGCGUGGCCGCCUACUUCGCAGAAGCGCUCGCACUCCGCGUGGUGCGCAUGUGGCCGCACGUGUUCGACGUUACCCCGCCACGGGAGCUCACCGACGGCGCCGUCAGCGACGAUGAUGCCACGGCGCUGCGGAUACUCAACGCCAUCACCCCGAUCCCGCGGUUCCUGCAUUUCACUCUCAACGAGAGGCUGCUUCGCGCGUUCGACGGCCACGAUCGCGUGCACGUCAUCGACUUCGACAUCAAGCAGGGGCUCCAAUGGCCGGGCCUGCUCCAGAGCCUCGCCGCUCGCGCGAACCCCCCGGCGCACGUGCGGAUCACUGGCGUCGGCGAGUCCAGGCAGGAGCUGCAAGAGACUGGCGGGCGGCUAGGGCACUUGGCCGCCGCGCUCGGUCUCGCGUUCGAGUUCCAUGCCGUGGUGGACCGGCUCGAGGACGUUCGCCUGUGGAUGCUCCACGUCAAGCGCGGCGAGUGCAUCGCCGUGAACUGCGUCCUCGCAGCGCACCGCCUGCUCCGCGACGAGACUGGCGCUGCGCUCGCCGACUUCCUCGGGCUCGCGCGCAGCACGGGCGCCGCCAUCCUCCUCCUGGGCGAGCACGAGGACGCUCUCAACUCCGGGCGGUGGGAGGCGCGCUUCGCGCGUUCGCUGCGGUACUACGCCGCGGCGUUCGAUGCGGUGGACGCGGCCGGGCUGGCGGACGCGAGCCCGGCGAGGGCCAAAGCGGAGGAGAUGUUCGCGCGGGAGAUCCGCAACGCGGUGGCGUUCGAAGGCGCGGACCGUUUCGAGCGGCACGAGACCUUCGCAGGCUGGCGGCGGCUCAUGGAGGACGGCGGCUUCAAGAACGCCGGCAUCGGCGACCGGGAGGCGAUGCAGGGGCGCAUGAUCGCGAGGAUGUUCGCGCCUGGCAACUACAGCGUGCAGGCGCAGGGCGACAGCGAGGGGCUCACGCUCCGGUGGCUGGACCAGGUGAUGUACACCGUGUCCGCGUGGACGCCGGCGAGCGACGGCGCAGGAGGCAGUACGGUGUCUGCGUCUGCAUCCACCACAGCAUCCCAUUCUCAGCAAAGCUGAAUGGAGGAGGAUAAGUGAAGAACAAAGAACAGGAUUUUUCAGUGGUUCUUUUGCUGUUACUUGAUGAUUCAUUAGUUCAUAAUACAGUCUGACAAUUCUUUUAUACAGUCAUCAGAAAAAGAACAAAAAAAAAAGAAAGGAGAAAUAAAGAUUUGUAGCUUUUGUUUUAUAGUUGAUAGGAUGAAAGGUUCAGUUGUUAGUAGUUGGUAAUUCUUUAUUCUUUUGGCUGUUGAGUAGAAUACCCCUGCAUAAUUAGAUGCAUGUUAUUUAGAAGCAAAGGAGUUGUAUCCAGUUGUUAUUAUACAUUACAUUACAUGCUAUUUCUUUCGUCAUAUUUGUUUGGAUAUGCGUAAGUGUAGCUUGUAAUCUCUGUGCAGAGUCAAAAUGAAAUGAAUCAAAUGCUAUUUCAUCUUCCAUGCUGAAGCUUGACUGUCCGAAUAUGGUAUCCGAAUUUUUCAGUUGUCCUCAGAAAAAUGAUGUGUGCUUGCUGCUCUAUUUCAUCUUCCAUGCUGAAGCUUGACUGUCCGAAUAUGGUAUCCGAAUUUUUCAGUUGUCCUCAGAAAAAUGAUGUGUGCUUGCUGCUCUAUUUCAUCUGUCAUGCUUAAGCCUAAGUGUAGCUCUAUUUAAUCUUUAUUGCUGACUGCCAGAAUAUGGUAUAUGUAUUUUUUCAGAUUAGAUAUUCUGAUGUCCCUCUAUGUUUGAGUGAAUUGGAAGGUAUUAUGAUC